UCCCACUCUGAUCACUCUCUUUUUUACCGCCGGCUGUGUUCACUCGCUCAUACACGCCGACCAUGUUGCGCCAAUCGCUGUUUUCGCUCCUUUCCCUCGGCCUGGCCACCCUCACAUCCGGCGCUGCUCUCGCCCCGCGUGGUGAGGACGUCGCGGUGGGUAACAAGUGGGUAGACCACGACAAAGUGACUCGCCUCCAGCAAGCGCCGUCGUCGGACAAAAAGCGCGGCGAACUCGAAUUGCUCUUCAAGCCUUACCUGAACGUUCCGGACGGAUGCUUCCCUUACGCUGCCGUCGAUAUAGAAGGGAACCAUGGCGCUGGACUUCGUCCGACGGGCGACAAAGGCGGCGACUGUCGUCACGAGGAUAGAGGUCAAAUCUACUCCAGGGUGGGAUUCUUAAAUGGCGAAACCGAAGGCACCAACGGCCGCACCGCCGUGCUCUACUCUUGGUAUCUGCCCAAGGUACAAGAAAAACCCGAAAAACACAAGCACUACUACCUGACUGUUGUCGUCUGGCUCCACUCGAACAAGUGCAACGCCGAAGCCAGCGAAUAUGAGAUCGCCGGCGUCAGCUACUCCAAUGGCCGCGAUACUUUCGACACGACCUCGAACCGGCAAACCAAAUACACCAGCUCGGAAGGCGGCGUUGGCGCCGUCAACACGCACCCCAUCGUCGGCUACAACGGCGGGGUCAACGUGUUCCCCUGGGACGACGAAUCCAAGUGGCCCAUCACGCCCCCGCUGAUCAGCUGGGACGCGCUGCCGAGGGCCGCUCUGGAACAGUUCAACGGCAUUCAAUACGAACACGCCCGCUGCCCCUUUUCGAAAGACAACUUCCAAGAGACCCUCAAAGCUGCGUACAACGAGGCCAUGUAUGCCGACCUGGGGCCCGGGCCGGCCGGUGAUUGCGGAUCGAAUCCUCUGGACCCUGGAUUGGGUCCUGAGCCGGUGCCUUUGCCGGAGCCUGAGCCUGAGCCCACCGAUCCCACCGAUCCGUCCACUGAUCCCACCGACCCGUCCACUGAUCCCACCGACCCGUCCACUGAUCCCACCGAUCCGUCCACUGAUCCCACCGAUCCGUCCACUGAUCCUUCGGAGGAGCCAUUUGAGGAUGCCCCGGAGGGGCCGACGGAUCCUGAGGGGCCGACGGAUCCUGACUUCCCAGUCCGAAGGGCAUGAUAACGC